AUGAGUUCGUUGGGUCCCUGGUUCGGUGGUGGUUUCGACUACUCCAGCUCGUGGUCUAGUGACAUUAGGGAUCCGCUCGAUUUUGAUGGUAGAAGACAAUGUGAUGCCUCUAGAAGACGUGGCGGCGGUGAUGACACUGCUUCCAUCAUCGCAAGAACAAACGUAGACUGGCGUGAAACAGACAACGCUCAUAUCUUUCGUGCUGAUUUUCCUGGAGUGAGGAAAGAAGAAGUGAAAGUACAAAUAGAAGACGGGAACCUGCUUCAAAUUAGUGGUGAACAUACAAAAGAAGAACAAAAUGAGACAGAUCAGUGGCAUCGAUACGAAAGGCGCGGCGGUGGUUCCACGAGGAGGUUUCGGUUACCGGAGAAUGCUAAAGUUGAUGAUAUCAAAUGUAGCUUGGAACACGGAGUACUGACUGUUUGUGUUCCAAAACAUGUAUCUGAUCAGGACAAGACCAAAAAUGUUAGGUCCAUCGAUAUUGCUUAG